AUGGAAGACGAGCGCGGGGUGGAAGCGUCUGGCACCAUGUGCUUCCACGGCGUGGAGUACUACGUGCACGUGUGGGUACAAUCAGAUGAGCUGCAUGUGCAAGUGGAAGAGCAGAGUGUGAAAGGCGGCGCCGACAGUGAUCGAUGGGGGGCACACUUUCCUGCGCUGUACAUCGAAGAGCUAACCAAGAAGACGGGAAACUUCAAGCGAUUCUUCACCUUCGUCAACAUGCUCAUGUCUGCAUUGCAGCACAAGAGCGAGUCAGUCUUCAUCGACCUCCUUACCUACUCUGACUUGGAACUGUACCGAAAGCGUAAGCUGGGCAAGUCCACUGGAACUCCUUCCAACGCGCCCGAUCCUGUGACGUCACUCCAAAACAAGCGAUACAUGAUCUUGACCUACGCCGUCGAGUUCGACCGCGUCCAUUACCCACUUCCAUUGAACUACGUGGACUCUCCAUCCCCCGAUAUGCUUCAACGCACGAUUCGCCGUCUCAAGCAGACACUCAUGGAGGCGCGCUCAACCUCUGAUGGUGCAAUGGAGAAGCGACUGGAAAGCAUACGGGAUGAAAACGCUUCGCUGCGCCUGCGCAUCCAGCAAUUGCAAGAGGCCCAUGACAGGCAGGACGACGCGACGUCGGUGGUUCAUCUCAAGAGCGAGUUGAUCGCGGCGACUGCCGAAAACAAGGAAUUAUCCACCAUGUACGAGCAACUGCGCAAAGAGUCGUCGAAAGAAAUUCAAGGGCUGCAAGCGCAAGUGGACCUUCUUCGGUCGCAACCUCCGCCCCAACACAACGUGGCGGACGAGUCGCAAUACAUUCAGCGGAUUCGACACCUCGAAAGGGAUGUUGAAAGAGCCACUGAAGACCACGCCUCACGCGUCAAAGAGUUGCAUGAGCAGCUCAAGGACGCAACCAAUGAACUCAACGCGACCAAGACGACCGUGCAAGAGCUGCAGCUGAAGAACCGAGAGCUCCUGCGUCAACUCGCCAUCCAACGGACCAAGUCGAACCAGUCCAAAUCGUCCGUGGCACGUUCGAAUAACGCCACGGCGACAUCGACGCCGUCGCAGAAUGGAUCGACCAAGCCGCGCCGGCCAAGUUCUGCCGCUGCGUCCAGCGACAGCGAAGGCGGAAACCCAUUCGACAGGAAACAAGACAAGGCCAAAUUUAAGCGAUUCGACCCCACAGCAUACCAUCACGAGCGCCAGCUGAAACUUCGAGCCCGGUCGCAGUCUCCGCAUACGCCAACAAGGAAGCCUCCCAGUGGGUACUCGUCCGACUCGUCUGCGGGCUAUCAGUCUGGCGGAUCCACUUCGACGCGGAGGUCGCGGCUUCCCCGGAAUUCCUCCAGUCAACGAGAAACGGACACUCGAUUGAGCUCGCCACGUGUGUUCAACUCGGUCGGGAAGCAGCAAAACGUGCGCGAUUACCCACAUACCACCGCGGCCACAAGAUCUCCGCGCCAGUCCACCGCCAAAAAAACCAUCACAACGACGCAUCCGGUGCAGGGGACUCGGCACACGUCGCCACGAGGACGCCCCAAGCCGUCGAAAAAGGCCCUCCACCGGCUACCCUUGGAUGACAGCGACGACAGCGACAAGGACCGGCUGCCGCUACAGUCGUUCGUCGACAUUGACAACCGGUUGAAUGCGCUGCAACAGUUCCUCAAAGAUGCCAAGCAGUCCAAAAAGCACUAUUAAAUAGCACGGCAGCAACGCAAACUCAAAGGCGAUGGAUCCGCGAGGCCCCGCCCGUCUUCUAGCUUGCAGCACUCCAGUCGACGUCGGCCUCGGUCGAACGCUGCACCAUCCGUCCAUCC